AUGUUGAAAUCAUUGGCAUUAUUCGUUCUCAUUUUGUGCACCACACUAGUUGUAACUCAGUCUCAAGUUAUUAAACCAAACAGUGCCCAAACAAUACACAACACUUGCUUAGAGACUCCAUAUUAUGAACAAUGUAUGAAGUACCUAACUGCUGACCCAAAAAGCUCCACCGCGGAUGUGUAUGGCUUAGCACUGAUCAUGGUGAAUGUAAUGAAGGACAAAGCAAACAUUGGCUUAAACAAAAUCAAUCAACUUAUUGCAACUAGUCCUUCCGAUCAAAAGGUAGCACUUAAUUCAUGUGCGGAAAAAUACAAUGCAAUUAUCGCAACUGAUGUUCCACAAGCAACCAAAGGCUUGCAAAACAAAAACCCUAAGUUGGCAGAGGAUAGUGCAGUUCAUGCUUCUGAUGCGGUCGUUGCAUGUUGGAAGGGCUUACCCGGAAAUUCACCACUCAUUGCAGAAAACCUUGUUAUGAGAGAUGCAUCCACCAUAACAUCACAUAUUUGUAGACAAUUGGUUUUAAGUGGUGGUAUUUAA